GGGUCCGCGCACACCUUGAGCUGCCAGGACCCAAGAGGACCCUCCCCGCGGCCCGGCCGCGCCCUGUCCUGAACGGUACCAUGAUGUGGGGUGCAGGCGGCCCGCUAGCCUGGCUCUCUGCUGGCCCAGGCAACGUCAACGUGAGCAGCAUGGGCCCUGCAGAAGGGCCCACAGGCCCAGCUGCACCACUGCCCUCACCCAAGGCCUGGGAUGUGGUGCUAUGCAUCUCAGGCACCCUGGUGUCCUGUGAGAACGCGCUGGUGGUGGCCAUCAUCGUGGGCACUCCUGCCUUUCGUGCUCCCAUGUUCCUGCUGGUGGGCAGCCUGGCUGUGGCAGACCUUCUGGCAGGCCUGGGCCUGGUCCUGCACUUCGCUGCUGUCUUCUGCAUAGGCUCCGCAGAGAUGAGCCUGGUGCUUGUUGGCGUGCUGGCAAUGGCCUUUACCGCCAGCAUUGGCAGCCUACUGGCCAUCACUGUCGACCGCUACCUUUCCCUGUACAAUGCCCUCACCUACUACUCAGAGACAACAGUGACUCGGACCUACGUGAUGCUGGCUCUAGUAUGGGGGGGUGCCCUAGGCCUGGGGCUGCUGCCUGUGCUGGCCUGGAACUGCCUGGAUGGGCUGACCACGUGUGGCGUGGUAUAUCCACUCUCCAAGAACCAUCUGGUAGUCCUGGCCAUUGCCUUCUUCAUGGUGUUUGGCAUCAUGCUGCAGCUCUAUGCCCAGAUCUGCCGCAUCGUCUGCCGCCAUGCCCAGCAGAUCGCCCUUCAGCGGCACCUGCUGCCUGCCUCCCACUAUGUGGCUACCCGCAAGGGCAUUGCCACACUGGCCGUGGUGCUCGGCGCCUUUGCUGCCUGCUGGUUGCCCUUCACUGUCUACUGCCUGCUGGGUGAUGCCCGCUCUCCACCCCUCUACACCUAUCUCACCCUGCUCCCUGCCACCUACAACUCCAUGAUCAACCCCAUCAUCUACGCCUUCCGCAAUCAGGAUGUGCAGAAGGUGCUGUGGGCCAUUUGCUGCUGUUGUUCCUCUUCCAAGAUUCCCUUUCGAUCUCGCUCCCCCAGUGAUGUGUAGUUACAUCCUGGUGACCCCUGCAGCCCUGAUCACUACAAAAUUCCAGAAUGUUAGGUCCUCCAGGGCUUUGUUCCAAAUCCCCAGCUCUACACCCCCAGACCCAGCUGGUUCUGGAGUUCUAGGACAUUGGGUGUUUCAGGAUUCUGUUCAAGAUGACUGCAGGGGCCCAGCUGGCUCCAUGGUUCUAGAAUGUUCCAGGUGGUCAGGAUUCCACUUAGAAAUGUCCCACAGCCCAGCUGAUUUGCAGUUACAGAAUGCUGGGUGUUUUACAGUGCCAUUCAAGCCCUUGAU